AUGGCUAGCGCUGCUAUGGCACGUGAAUGGAAUUGCAAGCCAUACAUGACACCCGGGACUCUUCUGAGCAAGAGUAUUGUGGCCAACCGCACGGAAACCUUCGAGAUUUCUCGCACCAAGAAGGUGGAUGGCCAUCCUGCUUUAGUCAAGGUGGAUUCUACGGAUCAGACGUUCCAGUUCUACGAAUGCGACCCUCCUAGCCCAAAUUAUAAACAAGGUGGACAAAUCCGCAGCGCUAGCAACACCUCUCUUUGCCUUUCGCCAGGCGACUUGUACCGGUACAACUACCAUGUCGGAAACUUUACCAAGUACCCUGAGGAUGCGGACGAACGCAUUUCGUUAGAGCCUUGCGCAACAGUGCACAGCCUUACUAUGCGCCGCCAAUGGUUCAUGGUGACCGAGACGGAGAACAAAUGCCUGAGUCGUGUCUCUCAACAAGGCUGGAAAACAGAUGAAGGGGCAGCAGUGGCGGCAGAAGCGGUGCUAGUAGAAAUCGAAGACGACGACGACGAAGACGACGACGAAGGAGUGUUAGACGAUGACGAAGAAGCGCUAGACGAUGACGAAGAAGCGCUAGGCGACGACGAAGAAGCGCUAGGCGACGACGAAGAAGCGCUAGGCGACGACGAAGAAGCGCUAGACGACGACGAAGAAGCGCUAGACGACGACGACGAAGAAGACGACGAAGUCAAAGCGCUCGAAGUCGAGUUGGUAGACUGA